AUCCCACCGCCGCUCUACCAGCAGGGAAUUGGGCUUAUCUGCGCCUGUUCUUGCAUCCCGCUUGCAUCAUCUCAAAGGCCCGGCCCCGCGGCCGAUGACUCCCCCACCAUGUCGAAAGACAGUAUCCCAACAGGCGAGGUCAUCGGAAUCGUGAUUGGAGCCUUGGCGCUGUUUUCCGUUAUCAGCUUUGUCCCGAUACUACUCAUGUGUAUCCGUCGUCGCCAGGACGCAACGAGACGGGCCAGUGAGGUGGAGAAUCUCACCUCGUCAAUGGAGCAGGUGUCCGUGGAGCGGUGGUUAGAAGACCAGAACUCUCCACGCUCUCUAAACCAGUUUUCGCAAGAUAUUUGUUCGAUAUGCCUGUCGUCCCUAUCGUCGUCGCCUUACCUCCCCGCUCCUGAGCCGGCACAUCUACACCGAGCCCCAAACCAGUCCUCUUCCUCUCUACCCCCUUCAUCCACCGAUCCCAAAGAUCGAAACUGUACGAUCGUUCUCAGCAGAUGCCAUCAUGCAUUCCACCUCCCAUGCCUGACAUCCUGGUUUGAGUAUCGUCGAUACAACUGUCCGAUCUGCCAAGCCGUGUACUCUCCCGCCGAGACAGCGACAUAG